AAACUUUUGACCUGAACCCUCGUAGAAGAUUCCCAUGUAGUUUCUUAGGAGAUAAUCAACUAAGUACUUGAUGGUUCCUUAACCUGAAGUCUCGCUAUCUUGUUUACACACACUUCAUCAAGCUACCCGUAAUCAUUAACCCCGACUCAUAACACGUCAUGGUGUAUAUAAUGAAGUUUUAUGUCGACGGCGGCUGUCGACGCAACGGCUACGAUGGCGCUAUCGGAGCUGCCGCCGCUUGUUGGAUGAGCUCCAAUCCCAAUGUAUGCCAGCAUUGGACAAAACCCCUAUCUACAUAUGAAUAUAACGCAACAAACCAAAGAGCUGAGAUCCUAGCUAUCAUACUGGCUCUGGAAUUGGCACUAGAAAAAUACGACAACCUGGAUUCAGACCCUAAGCUAGAUGUCACCAUCCAUUCAGAUUCUAGAUACGCAGUUGGAUGCAUGAACGAAUGGAUCUAUACUUGGGCUAAUAACGGAUGGAGGAACGCACGAGGCGGGCCAGUGGUUAAUCGCGAUAUGAUCGAGGAAGCUUCCGACCUAGAUGAUCGCAUCAAGGAAUUAGGCAUCGUCAAGUAUGUCUACAUCCCGAGAGAACAGAACAACCAUGCCGACAGAGCAUGCAACAAGGCUCUGGAUGAGUUGGAGUGAUUAAGCUGGGCGCUCGAGUUAACCAACGAAGAUUAAUAAUGAACUUGAUGGGAUGGUUUUUGCACUUGGGCUUCAUCACCAUGGUGGCCCGUUCGAUUGGAACGAUUCAUCAUGAUUUU